CGACAACAGCUGAUCACACAAGGACAACAAACAGUGCCGUCUCCCAACGUUUGUCAUCGGGAGGAUAAACCCUUCAUGCUAACUGCUCCUACCAUCAACAAGAAGAAGUGCCGCUGACGGGCUCGUGUCGAAGGUCAGCCGCUGACGGGCUCGUGUCGAAGGUCAGCCGCUGACGGGCUCGUGUCGAAGGUCAGCCGCUGACGGGCUCGUGUCAAAGGUCAGCCGCUGACGGGCUCGUGUCGAAGCAUAACCAUGGAACGAAUCAGUCGCAGAGUGCUCACCUCUGUGCUGGGCUCUCGUGUGUCUGCUGGCUCUCUGCUGCACAGGAUGCACAACUUUGCAUUUUGCAAAGUCCAAUCACAGAGGACCUCUAUAAUGCUUGCACCUUUGAGAAAAGCAGUUAAUCGAAGAUGUUCACAUGCAUUAAGUACAACAUCAUCAUGGAAAAACCUUUGUCGUGAGUUUACUGCUGUCACUAAACUUUUGGAGAGAUCUGGGAUGCCGCGAUCAGAGCAGAUGGGAUUAUUGCAACGUAGUCUGCAUACUUCCGCCUCUCAGUUCAACCAGCAAGGUUCAGGUGGGGCAAGUGGUGGAAGAGGAGAGCCACCUCAGAGCAGUUCUGGCGAUGAUAAUAAAAAUAACGAUAAUGACGAAAGGAAGGGUAUGCUAGCGAAGGCAGCACUCUGGAUGUUAACGGCGUAUAUGUUCAUUGCCAUAAUUUCUCUCCUCUUCCCUAGCAGCAACCAGCCAGAGAUGGCACGUUAUGUCUCUUGGAAUGAGUUCGUACAUCACAUGCUUAGCAAGGGGGAAGUUGAGGAAGUGAUUGUUCGACCAGAUUUGGACAUUGUAACAAUUAUUCUUCAAGAAGGGGCAGUCAUCAAGGGCAAGAAGAUGGAACAGCGAACAUUUCACAUGAACAUAGUUGAUCUACAACACUUUGAAGAGCGAUUACGUGAAGCAGAAUCUAGAGCAGGCAUUCGCCCAGAUCAAGGAAUACCGGUUGUGUAUGAAAGGAGCGGAGACACGGCAGGUAGACUUCUGGCGUCGAUUAUCGUCGUGGCUAUUAUAGUCUCACUUCUCUCAAGAAAUAUGAACAUCAAAGGACCACUUAGCAUUGAAGGAAUAUCUCAGAUGACUCGAGCGAAGUUCACCAUCAUUGACCCCCUCAUGCCAGGGUCUGGACGAGGGGUCAAGUUUGCUGAUGUUGCUGGUUGUAAAGAGGCUAAACAAGAGGUCAUGGAAUUUGUCGACUUUUUAAAAAAUCCAGAUAAAUACCGGACUCUUGGAGCAAAAGUUCCAAAAGGCGCUCUCUUGCUGGGUCCUCCGGGCUGUGGUAAAACUCUGCUGGCCAAGGCCGUGGCUACGGAGGGGCUCGUGCCUUUCUUAGCCAUGAAUGGUUCCGAGUUCACAGAGAUGAUUGGCGGGCUUGGUGCUGCGAGAGUCAGGGACUUGUUCAAAGAAGCAAGGAAACGGGCUCCGUGUAUCGUGUACAUUGAUGAACUUGAUGCUAUCGGGCGGCAGCGCUCGAGUAAUCUCAGUGGUUUCGACGGUGGAUCGGGUGAAUCUGAACAAACAUUAAAUCAACUUUUAGUGGAGAUGGAUGGCAUUGGAUCAAAAGAAGGUGUUGUUCUUUUGUCCUCGACAAACCGUCUUGAUAUACUUGACAAAGCAUUACUGCGACCAGGAAGGUUUGAUCGACACAUCUUGAUGGAUCUGCCAAAUUUAGAAGAACGUCGAGAGAUCUUUGAGCAUCACCUGAAGAGUAUAGUUCUUGAAAAACCCGCAAAUCAUUAUUCUCGACGUAUGGCGUCUCUCACACUAGGGUUCAGUGGUGCUGAUAUAGCAAACGUUGUGAAUGAAGCAGCACUACACGCAGCCAGGUACGGCAAGAAGGUGGUAGCUGGCCUCGACCUGGAGUACGCUGUUGAACGAGUUGUUGGUGGUACAGAGAAGCGAUCUCAGGCACUGUCUCCAGAGGAUCGUGUAGUUGUUGCGUAUCACGAGUCUGGUCACGCCCUGCUUGGCUGGCUGCUGGAGCACACCGACUCACUGCUCAAGGUUACCAUCGUGCCCAGAACUAACCAGGCACUAGGGUUUGCUCAGUAUGUUCCUAAGGAUCAGAAGCUCUACACUCAGGAACAGAUAUUUGAAAGAAUGUGCAUGGCUCUGGGCGGUCGUGUUGCAGAGUCUCUGGUGUUCAACAGGGUGACGACAGGAGCACAAAACGAUCUUGAAAAGGUCACAAAAAUGGCUUAUGCCCAGGUAAGGUCAUUUGGAUUCAGCGAUGUAAUAGGCCAAGUGUCUUUCCCCGAAGAGGAGGCUCGAGAGGUCGGUCGGAGGCCGUUCUCUCAGAAGUUAGCAUCAAGUAUUGACCAAGAAGCUUCUCGUCUUAUUUUUGCUGCAUAUAAAAACACAGAAACUAUACUGAAGGCCAACAUGGACAAAUUAAAAUUACUGGCCGAGGCGCUGCUGCAGAAGGAGACCCUAAACCACACCGACGUUGAGGCCAUCAUCGGGCCGCCUCCAUUUGACAAAGUGCCUAUAGAACCACUACAGUUUGAAGGGGAAAUUAAUACUUGGAAAGAAGCCGGGAAGGAGAGCUGAGGGAGGCAACCUGUGCGAUCUUGUGCACGUACGCUGCUCUACACGUCUAUCACCACACACGUCCUUCUACUCGACAAUGACACAUCUCAAACUUAUUAUGUAAAUGGCAUAAACAACAAAUAUUUUGAAGAUUAGAACAUUAAAUUUAAUUUCUUUAAUUUCUUUUAAGGUAAAAAUGGCUGGUGUUUGCGACAGUGAUUCAAUAUAUUUUACUUGAUCCCAAAUGCAGGUAAUUUGUUCAUGUAUAUACCGUGUCAUCUCUGGACACUCCCGGUAGUUUAAAUAUACUUUAUAUAAGAG